AGGCCCUCACAAUUGAUUCCACAAUCUUUCUUGAAGCACUGCAUUUGUCUGUGUUUACUGUAAGAGAUUGUUGAAAGGCGCUCUGAGUGCAACCUCAGCUGCGCAAGGAGUUUCUUUUUUCGGAAUUCUUAUUUCCUUCUACACCCAAAUUAGUCGUAACCGCGUUGGGUUACCGUUAACUGUCUAAUAUUUGCACUUCGUCACGCACACUUCUUCCUUUUCUGGUGUUCCCAUCACGGUGGUGCAAACCCGCCUUUUCUCUGUUGACUGUUGGAAAUAUGUCGCGUGAUUUGGAGCGCGCAGGGGCGAUCUUGGCUGCGGAUCGUGAAAAGCUGAGCCUUCUUCACCGUCCUCUCCACACCGCAGCCCUCUUCCUGUCCUACAGCGCACAUCGCACUGCGUACUACACUGAAGCCGCCCUCAGCAAGCCGUUGGUCAACACGGUUCUGCUGCCCCUCGUGGUGGCGCUCUGUUUCAUCUCGUACAACGUAAUUCCAGCUCCGGCUUCCAGCAUCUUCGCCGCGUUGGACGCGGAUGGCGACGGAUAUGCGACGACCAGCGAGGUGGAGUCGUACUACACGACGGUGCUGAAGCAGCCGGCUGAGACGGGCACCGCUGCUGCCCGAUCCUUUGGUGCCCCUUCCGUGGAGUUCGAUGCGUUCGCGGAGUGGUGGCAGUCGACUACGCCGGAGGUGCAGCGGUACCGGGCGGUCUUCGCACACGGCUGGUGGCGCGAGGUGGAGUACUGGCUGGCCGACGCGCUGUACUGGGUGGUGCUUGGCGUGCUCUCAUCCAUCGGUCUCGGCACCGGCAUGCACUCGGGACUUCUCUUUUUGUUUCCCCACAUCUACCUCACCUGUGCGGCGGUGUCAAGAUGCGGCAACACGAAUUUCUGGAGCUACCCGUCGAACUUGUUCUACGGCCCGCGCGACCGUCUCUUUGUGUGCCUCGCCCCACAAAGUCAGCCGGAGGCGGCGGCGCUGCAGGUGUCCCUUCUUCAGUACCUCCUCAAGGUCGUCCCGGCGUGUGUGCUGUGGGGGGCCGGGACGGCAAUAGGAGAGGUGCCCCCCUACGCGCUGAGCUACGCCGCGGCACUGCAGGGGCGGCACCGGGACGACCUCCAGGAGACGCCGGCCUACGAUGUCAUGACGCUCAUGAAGAACUGGACGCUGCGGAAGAUUCGCCGCUACGGCUUCUGGGCUAUCCUGCUGCUGGCUGCGUGGCCCAACAUGGCCUUCGACCUCUGCGGCAUGGCGUGCGGUCAGUUUCUCAUGCCCUUCUGGACCUUCUUCUCCGCCACGUUUAUCGGCAAGGCCCUCAUCAAGGUGAACAUGCAAGCCAUCUUCUUUAUUGUGCUCUUUUCGGGUGACAACAUCGAGCGCCUUAUGCGCAAGAUUGGCCACGCCGCUGCCGGCGUCUUGCCCGCCUCUCUGCGUGUGGGCGCCGUGGUGGAGCAGGCAGUCGGGGCGGUGGUGCAGGCGCGCAACAGCAUCGCCAACCGCGCCAAGGGCGACGACGGCUCCGUCCUUGAGUCCGCGGCAGAGUCCACGGACUCGCUGGUCGUGUGGGUGCUGCACUGGGUCGUGGUGGCUGCCGUGGCGUGGUUCGCCAAGUCUAUCGUCGAGUCCUUCGCCUACUCCGAACAGGAGCGCCGGGACGAGGGGACGCUCUCUGAGAUGGCGAUGGCGCUGCGUCGCCGUCACGAGAGUUCGCUGCCCAUCUCUUCCGUGGAGCUCCGCGCGAUGCUGUUGUCGGCGGAGGCGGAUGCCCAGGACGGCGAAAGCAGCGUCAUCGAGUCUGUGAUGUGCUUCACGCGACUUGCCCUGCUGGCUGCUGUGGGAUUGAUUACGUGGGGCGUCUACCACCGCCACGGCUCUUCUAUCUCGCUCGGACUUACCUUGCUGCUGCACCGCUACCUCGACCGGCAGCUGACGGCCAACGCGGCGUCGCAGCGCAAACUGCGCAUGACGUUGCGUGUUGCGCUCGGCGUUGCCGUGCUGUGCAUCUACGCCUAA